UCUCUCUCUCUCUCUCUCUCUCUCUCUCUCUCUCUCUCUCUCUCUCUUGAUUUCUCAAUCCGUUCUUUCCAUAUAAUUGAGUUAAUACUUUUUACAAUCUCGAGCUGAAAAAUGCCUUUAGGCGCUGUCGUAUACCCGCAAGAUACAUUCGAAUACCUCUCUAUUUGCAAAGAUUUCAUGUUCCACGACUUGUCCUAUCAAGAAAAGGUAGUAGCUCAAGACACGAAGAACAACGUUGAUACGUUAGGCCAAGAACAAAGCUUUGUGGAAGUAGCGCGAGACUAUCAUCAUAAGUACCCUUUAAUCCGUUUGUUGGAUGAAAAGCUUGAUCUUCCCGCCACUGAUAUGGAAAAUCAUUCUGCUAUACAACCAAGGAAGAAGAGGAGAAGAACGAGGAGCAAGAAGAACAAGGAAGAGAUCGAGAGCCAGAGAAUGACUCAUAUAGCCGUCGAGAGAAAUCGCCGGAAACAGAUGAAUGAGUACCUCGCGGUACUCCGUUCUCUAAUGCCGUCGUCAUAUGCUCAAAGGGGAGAUCAAGCGUCGAUAGUAGGAGGAGCCAUUAACUACGUAAAGGAGUUAGAGCACAUCUUACAAUCUAUGGAGCCUAGGAGAACCACGACGACGACCCAUGAAGCUGACACAAGCACUAACUCAUUAAUGAGUCCCUUCUCAGAAUUCUUCACUUACCCUCAAUACUCGACAAAAUCAUCAUCAGCAGCAACGGAAAACUCAUCUUCCCCGACGGAGAUAGAAGUGACGGUGGCGGAAGGCCACGCCAAUAUCAAGAUAAUGACGAAGAGGAAGCCGAGGCAGCUUCUUCAACUCGUAGAUUCGAUACAAAGCCUAGGGCUAACUCUUCUUCAUCUCAAUGUCACCACUCUCGACAACUCGAUUCUCUACUCCAUCAGCGUCAAGGUCGAAGAAGGGAGCCAACUGAAUACCGUAGACGACAUUGCAACAGCUUUGAAUCAAAUCGUAAGGAGAAUUCAAGAAGAGUAAUAAUUUAAGAUUAAUUUACUUAGUAUUUGAUGUUCCUUUUUCUUAUAUUUAUUUCGAAUAACUGAAAUACAGAUUCAUCUUAUAUAUGUAAUUUUACUGCUUCUCUUUAAUUUUAUGCAAGUGUCAUUUGUUUCCUGUAA